AUGUCUACCUAUGAUAAAAUCUUGGAGUUGGCCAGAGAAAUGGAAUUGAAGGGUGAAAAGAAAAGAGAAUUUAUCGAAAGAGAAUUGGAAGAAUUAAAGAAGAAAGAACGUGAAGUAGCGGAACGAGAUGAACGAGCGGCAGAAAGAGCGCAUCAGAGAGAAAUGAAAGAAAUAGAGGGAAAAGUUGAGUUAGCUAAACUGGAAGCUGCAAAAGUGAAUCCGAACGUAUUACAACUGACACAGCAAGCCAAACCAUACGUUUCAAAGUUCCAUAAGUUCAAUGAGAAAAAUGAAACUCUUGAAAACUACAUCGUGCAAUUUGAGCACAUAGCCUCAACGUAUGACAUGUCUCCCAGAGAUAUGGCCAAGCACCUACUCGCCAAUCUCGCAGGUGAACCGCUGAACAUAAUAGCCACCCUGACACCUGAACAAAAGACUGACUACAAGGCUGUGAAAAACAGACUCCUCGAACACUUUGGCAAAUCCGAGGACCACUACAGAAAACUCUUCCGAGACAUCAGAUUGCAAAAGAACGGUGAUUACAACAGAAUUAUCUUCGAAAUUAAGCAAAAUAUCUUAAAGUGGCUUGAACUCUCCAACUGUGACAUGAAGAAACCAGACGAAAUCAUUGAUAUGUUCUUAAUUGACAGUGUACUAUUGAAUGUUACAGACAACGUUUUCACUUUCCUGAAAGAGAAGAAAAUUAAAAACGAAACAGAACUCAUAAGUAACCUGAAUUUAUUCAAAGACAGCCAUCCCAAUCACACCAUCGACAGAAGAGACCAUCAAAUAGCUGCCACCAUUAACACUGAUUCAAGUAAAUUCAAGUACAGCAACAAUAAAACCUGCUUUAACUGCGGCAUAAAGGGUCACAUAAAGAGCCAAUGUAGAUCAUUCAACAGAAGCACUUUCCAGUAUCGAAGUGGCACAUAUCGGGACAAUAAAUAUGACAACAGAAGAAACAGAGCAACCCAAAGCUAUAGCCCUAAUGAUAGAAGAAGGCAAUACAACACCAACAACGAUAAUUACAACUUCCAGAACUAUCAAAGAAGACAGCAACACAAUACCAACAACUUUCAGAACUAUCACAGACAAUCCAGACGUGAUGGCUACGAACGAAACAGAUACAACAGAAAUACUUCAAACAGAUGGCAAAGUAACAGCAACACUAGAAUCCAUAGACGCCCUAGCAGUUAUGACAACUCAGCCGCAACCAUCGACACUCACGAACACGAACAUGUAGCAUUCAUGAACUCAACUCCAGACAAUAAUUCCUAUCCAAUACUUACAAAAGGGCUGGACAACGCAUUACGAAACAGUAACAUUAGAACUGGAAACACACAUGACACUAGUAGUUAG